GGAAGAGAAGUGAUAGAGAAGCGAGGCAGACAGAGGGGGUAAGAGCUUGUCACGUCGGUAUGUGAAACUCCUCUUAGCAGGUUUUGGUUUUUUUUUUUGGUCAGGGUAAAGGGCAAGUGACGAGUCAGAAAUGCUGCUUUCCGUCUGUGGUGACUUCGAGAGAUGAUGUUACGAGGGGAUAAAGAGUAAAAGACAAAGGCACCACUUCUUCACACCCAAGGACUGCACGGAGUCGAAAUGACCGAACGGGAGCUGCUGGAGCCUCUCAUCAUUGUCGAGGACGAAGACAUAAGCGUGGCUGUCUCAGACAGAGACACGGCAGCCUCACCGAGCGGCGCCGAGGCGCCUGCUCACAAAGAGAAAGAGGAACACUCAGACGCCGGAGCCAUGCCUGUCAAAGGGCAAAGUUUGGAGACGCAGCAAAGAGCCACCGAGGAGGGCCAGUCGAGGGAGGACAAAGAGGAAUAUGUGAACAAAAAUGAAGAUCUGAGCCGAGCUGGAAGUGAGGGACAGAUGCAAAAAGAGGGCAACCCUCAAGAAAACCAGAGAGAGGAGAAGGAGAAGGGGUUAACCUCCACUGAGCAACAGCCUGAAGAGGAAGAGAAGCUAAAAGACCUCAAAGAGGCUCACCGGUUAACCCCCGAGUUCCCGGAGGCGCUGUACGAGCUGCUUUGCACCCUUCAGGAGGGGAGGCGGCUCAACGACCAGCGCUGCUCCUUCAGCAUGGAGAAGGGCAUCGGGAGGAGGAGGUGCCACUCCGAGCCCAACGCCUCCAGGCCAGCACCCAGAGUCACUUUUUCCUCGAUGACCUCACUGCAGAAGGAGGAGUUUUUUGAUCUGGUCGCCACCACUCAAGCCCGCCGGCUAAACGACCAGCGAGCCCAGCUGCAGAGCUCCCUCCCGUCAAAACAAAAGUCGCGGAGCUUCAGAGGCAGCUUGAGGCAGCUAUCUUUGAAGAGACCCGCCCCGGUCGUUGCCCCCGCCCCAGCCGCUGCUCCUAAAGACGAUCUGUACGACAUGAUUCUGACCCGACAGGCUCAGGGCAGGCUGGAGGACCAGCGCAGCAGAGCUCCAGGCCCCAUGGACGACGAGGACUUCUUCUCGCUGCUCCUGAGGGUUCAGGGGGGGCGCAUGGACGAGCAGAGGACUGUACUUCCACUCUUGUUGAAAACCUGAGACAAAAACAGAAACGUCGCAGCGACUGAUUGUUGUGGCUUUGAUUUCCUGUUUAGAAUUUCCUUUUUUAACCCUGAUGAUGCUUUCUGCUGGAGAUGCCUCGAAUGUUAAUCAGUGUUAUUGUAAAAACGCUAAAGUUUAGAGCUUAAAAUGUGACCCGCUCCUGAUAAAAAGUUGACUUUGAGUUUGUUUUUUUGUCUUUGCCGGUGAGCGGCAGAUGUGCUUGGCUGGUUUUUGUUGGAACCAGCGAGCUGUGGAGCGGCUGCUGCCAUGCAGACCGUGGAACUGAUCUCCUCUGUUAUUUGUGCAGCCAAAGCACUGAUCAGACACACUGGACUGGUGAUCAGAGAUUACAACAGGAGUCAGAUCACGCAGAGCUUGACUGUACACAACAGUCCUUCUCCAGAAUAAACUAUUUCUGAAUAUUCAUUUGUUUUAUACAUUUUUUUAUAUUCUAGUGGUGGGAAACUGGUUAAAAAUGGAUGUCCUUAUAGGAGAAUUUCCCAUCAGUGAGCAGUAUGAUUGUAAAACUUCACUCUGACCAUAAAUAAAAGUGUUCACACAGGAACAGAA